UCUCCCACACGCACAGAGAGACAGAUCUCCCUCUCCUGCAGUGGAGUGCUGGUGGCUCUUCUGGAUUCUCUGUUUGCUCUCUUCCACUGGGAGAAAGGUUAUUUGCAGCAGAAGCUUGGUGUAUCUGGUGGGCGUUCCUCGGAAAUUCAGACACCAUGUGAGCAGUGGUCUAUGACGACAUUAGAGGGGCAGAAUGCUUCUUCUGCGUGGGACUCUUGUGGUCUUCUCUCUCUUCAGCUCUGUCAGUGGGUUUUUCAGCGAGUAUGGGCCAAAACCGACAACCCAGACCAAGGCAGGCUCCAAAGGAUGGGGCAUGCCCAACUUUGAAACAUUGAAAUCUAACUUCCCAUUGUUUGGUUUGGGAUCACGGCUUUUAUUCGGUGACACUAAAGAGUCUGCUACGACAAAGGUGAGCACAACUUUCCCAGAAGCAACCACACAAGACUAUACUCUGUCUUCGAAGGACUUGAGCCCAAAAUACCAGCCGACCACAACCUCGUUUGAGGAACUUCAAAGCAGCACUGUCCAGAUAGGCACCCUGCUGCCUUUAAAAUCAGCUAAACUGCCAAUAAUUGACUUACUCAGGAACAAACCACAAAUAGAUGGACCAGAACCUCCUAAACUUGAUCAAAGCUAUGAUCUGGAUCUCUGGCCCCGCAAUAAUGGCCAAAUCACAGCGAAAAACCCCCAAACGACGAUGUCUAAACCAGAAACACAAACAUACACUGUAUCCAUGGCUCAGGGUACCAGCACCACACACACUACAACAUUGAGACUGAUGACGGAAACCAUGAACCCUUACAGUGACCAAACUGUGCCCACAGACACUCAGGCAACAACGUCACAACUAAUGAUACCUUCAUUUCAAACCACACAUUUUAUCACACCAGCAGAACCAGAAGUAUCUACCGAACCUUUGACCACUGUCAGCACUGGACAAAACACAUUGAGGACAACAAACAUGGCCUCGAAACCAGAAUGGACACCUUUUAAAACCACUGACAAGGCUCUGGAUGGAUUUACGUGGGUAGAGCAGACCACAGGCCCAUCAGACGGGGGAAGAGUGCAAAGUGUUGGCCCAGAUCCUACUCCCUCCCUGCCAGCAGGAGCAGGCUUUCCAUGGGAGGAAGGAGAUAAGGAAACGGGGAAGAGUGCUGAUAUGACAACACAAGAGCGACACGAUGAACUGACAACAUCAGCUAGCGUGACGACUCUCAGGAACACAGAAAUGGCCACCGCCACAUCUGAAGACUGGCUGAUGGAUCUUACCCAAGAAUAUGCACUCCCUGACUGCAAUGCAGAACGUUCUGGAAUCUGCAGUUCUAGUGACACUUGGCCCACCACCACUGUCCUGAGCAACAGCAGCAAAAAUUACAGCACAACCACCUUCUCCACCAACCUCUCUCAAAGUCCCAACCCAUUUACAGCCCCACCUAUGUUUGUGGCACUAUAUUCUGAUUGGAACAGUGCCCUGGCGACAUGGGGUUCAGCGUGGGAAGCACACAUCUACGGCCUGGGCACUGUGUUCUGUCUAGUCGCUUUGGCCUCCACCCUGAACCUCCUGUGCCUGCCCCUACAGUACCCAUCAGGCUGUGGCUACUUCGCUCUGGUUAGUCUCUGCCUGGUGGCCGCUGGCUGCACUAGGGCCUUCGCCCUAGUGUACGAUGCAUACGGAUACCAGGACCGCAUGGCAUCCACAGAGGCUUUACUGUUACUUUACGAGGCACCAUUUCCCUGCAUGACUGCGGCCUUUGGCCUAGUAUUCCUGCUCCUGUCAAUGCGCUCUCGUAUGCAGCUGUCCUAUUCCGCCUUUCAGAGACCUUGUUUCCUGGCUUGCUUGGUGCUUCUGCACUUUGCUGCUGCCUUUGGCCCUGUUGCAUUACUCCAUGUUGACCAGCAAGUUUACCUGUUUCUGUCCUUGAUCUCUAGAGGUGCCUUUGUGGCUCUGGCGACUUUCCUAUCAGCUGCAUAUUUUGUAUUCUACUGCUAUGUUCGUGCUGACUCCAAGCAUAUUUAUCAUCUGAACAACACAUCACCAACACCAGCCGAACGCUACAACCGUUGUCCAUUUGCAGAGAGCAGAGAUUGGGACCGGGCAGCAGCCGCAGUGUUACUCUGUGCUGUCUUUUCUCUGGCUUGUUCAGGGCUGCAACUCUACGCCAUGCUGCACGCUCUCGGAAUUGCUGGAAGCGCUGAGUCCUUUCGGCCUUGGCCGUGGUGGACUUUCCAGUUCAGCUGCCGAGUUUGUGAAGCAGUGAUCUGCCUCACACUGGUCCUGGUAGUUGCUCAGCCAGUUUAUUGUUCUGAUCACCUUCCCCAGCCAGGAAGUUGCUGGACAGAACUCCUUGCAGCAAAGUCACCUAUCAUUCCUGGGAGCUACCAGUGGACUCUGUCUCACCAGGAGAAGCUGGCCAUUUGUGAUCCAAUUGGGCAUGGAGAGACAGAGUGCCUACCCUUGUACACAUUGGUGGAUGACCGUCUCAGCAGCUUGAAUGGCCUUGACCUUUUAUACCACAGCAACCGGGCUUUGGCCUAUCGUGACCUUGACCUGGACUUGCCCAACACUCAACCCAACACUGGUGCCCCUUCUGUGGGUUCAUCCUGUACCAGCGACUCCACAGCGGACCUGCGCCCUCCUUCGCCCAUAAAUCUGCGUCGAAGCAUUGAUGAAGCACUGUUUAGUGAAUCUCUAUUUCACAUGAGUGUCUUCAGCCCCUUACGACCCUUCACCUCUAGUGACUGCUCCCUGAAUGGUAGAGAGACCAACUCCAGCGGUGUCCAAACCUUGAGAGACACCCUUACUCCUGAUCCAGGCCUAUACCGAACAUCUUCAUGUGUGGAAGUGCUACCCCAAGUUCCCCUUGCUUCUCAAACCCAACCAGAUGGUCCGUCAUUAGGUUUUUCUCCAUCCCCAUCUCCCUCACUGUCAUCUUCAACUUGCUGCUCAUCUCCCGAGCGCUGGAGAGGCAGCUCCUGCUCCUGUUCCCUCUACAGACAGUCUCUGGGUGGCUCUUCUUUGGUUUUGUGCUCUAGUCCGGAAGGACACCAUCCACCACCCUCUACCCUCAGUGGGGGUUCCAGCCACACUGCCAGCUCUGGCCACCAAAGGGGAAGCUUACAGAGACCCUACAGAACAUUAAAGUCAGAGGAGAGUAUGGACCAGCAGUCAGAGUUUGACCAAUCUGUCCAAGAAGAAUUUGUCAGUGUGUGCAGACAGAUUGAUGCUCUGAGCAUCUGCAGUGAGACUAUUGACCUCUAGGGGGAGACAAAACAAAAUGAUGUACUAUGAAGGAACCAAAAGGGUUUUAGAUAUAUGAUGAGCAGGUAAUGGACAGAUCAGGUGAUUCGGUGAGUCUGUUUGCCAGGGUGUCAAAACACAUUUGCUCUGUGUAGACAUACAGGUAAAUGUUUUGUGGUCUAGAACUGUGCCAAAUGUUUCAUUUUGUAAGGGUUGGUUUGCUUCUGUCAGGUAAGUUCUCCAAAGAAAUGGAUUCUGAAGUCAAUAUCAUUGUAAAGGUAAAAGAAGUGCCACCAAUUGCCAGAAGCUUAGGCAGAUUUUGUACAAAAGUCCUUUGGUGAUUGAUAAAUUUGUAAUUGUAAAACAUUAGUUUCAAACUUUCUCUAUAAUGCUAACAGUGACGUUUGUAUGAAUUUGUACAAAAUCACUUUUUGGUCUAUGUGAUUAAUACUGUGAGAGUGUGAACUACUGAUAACCAUACGGUUAAACAAAUACUAGGCAACAUAGCAUCAGAAAAUAGUUUCAAAUUAAAUACAGUAUAACCUGCCAAUCCAAUUUUGUAAAUCUUUAGAAAAGUUAAUUGUGCUUCUGGUCUUUAGUUGCAGUUAACUUCAAGUACCUGUUGUUUUUUGCAACAAUGCAUUGUUGUUGAAAGGCCUAACAGUUUUAUCAACUCGGAGGGA